AUGCCCGAAAAGAUCAACCGCACACUUCAAGGCCUCGGCCUCAAGAAGCGUCUCCAAUCCGUCUACCGUCCCAUCGGUGCCGACAUGGCAGGUGCCAUCCUCGCCGUCAAGGAGCUCGUUCAUGUUGAGAAUGUCAGGAGGCUGCAGCAGGCCGAUCAGAUGCUGUUGAGCGACCAGGAGGCGGUGUGGGUGAAUGAGGCGGGAGAAAUUGUGGACCCGGGGAAGGCAGCGAAGAAGGCUCCGAGGGGUUACAAGGUGGUGGGGAAUGUGGUGAGCGAGGUGCGUGAUCAGCAGAUUAAAGGUGCUUCUUCGUAA